GCAGAGAUCGCGAGCCGUUUGCGCGAGCAAGGAGGCUGGAUGAUUACCCGCGAAGCCCUCGCUAUGAGGCCGAUCGGCGUAGAGGCGACUCCCGCGGCCGAUGGGAGACAGAACAGGGCCGACGAGAUGGAUAUAGGGACGACAGAUACGAGAGGUCGGACCGAGAUGGAUAUAGGGACGACAGAUACGAGAGAUCGGACCGAGACGGAUAUAGGGACGACAGAUACGAGAGGUCGGGUCGAAAUGGCUACAGAGGUGGUAGGUAUGAAAGAGGAGAUCGGGAUUGGGAAUGACGAGAUGGGUCGCGCGGACAGUUUGAGCGCGGGGGAGAUGCGAGAGAGCAGCGCGACGAGUCGCGGGGGUGGUACAACCGAGGGGACCGACGCGAUGAGUCACGAGGGCGAUAUGACUCAGGGGACCUCCGGAAUGAUUCGCGAGGGCGGUAUGAGCAAGGAGGGUCUGGAGGAGACCGCCGCAACGAUUCGCGCGGUCGGAAUGAGAGAGGGGGAUAUGGCGUCUCAUCAGAACCAUAUCCCAAAGAAGGCUGAGCCAUUGAGACUACUCCUUCGAAAAACUGAGAAAUUCUACUGGGAUUCCUCGCAGGAACUCGCUAUGCAAGAGCUUAAAGAUGAAUUUAAGGAGGGAGGACGCGUACUGGGCAUGCCGUACUUUGAUGAUGAGGCUGGGAGACCCUUCAUAGUAGCCACGGAUGCUGGGCCUUGUUCGGUAGGAGGGUUGCUGUCUCAGAAGGACGCUGAAGGGAAGGAAAAACCGUUAAGAUUUGAGAGUAUGACACUUAAUAUGGCAGAGCGAAACUACAGUCAAUUCAAGAAGGAAGUAUUAGCUGUUCUGCGGUGUCUAGACACGUUCAGACAUUAUAUCUAUGGACGACGGUUCAUCUUGAGAGUGGAUCCCACCGCGGUCGCCUCUGUCCUCCAGAAGGACUUUAGCCUGACAGACCCGACCAUUGCACGAUGGUUAAUACGGAUUCGACUAUAUGAAUACACAGUAGAGAGGAUAUCUGACACUAAAAAUGUUGUAGCGGAUGGGCUCUCUCGGAUCCCUCUUGAGGGAGAGCGCCCGAUAGUAGUUGGAGCCCUGACAAUGGCGGAGCCGAGACGCGCCGAGAGAUUUCUGGUUAACCUUUACGAGGGCAAGUACCGAACGAUAGGGCUACACCUGACGGGAGAGGAGAGUCAAGAUUUAGAUAUCCGGAGACAAGCAGCCCAGUACUGCCUUAGAGCGGGCCACCUUUUCCGAAGGCCAGUAGGCUCGGGGAUGCCCUUACGAGUAGUCUGUGACCCUGAGGAGAGACAGACAAUAGUUGCAGAGCUUCACGACGGGGUAGUCGGAGGACACAGGGGAGUCAAAGGAACCUACGAAAAGAUACGUCGGCUGUACUGGUGGGAAGAACAGUAUAAGGACGUCGAGAGGUACUGUAUGACAUACGAGGAAUGCCAGAAAAGGGCUCUUGUGAAAUACAAUGAGCCACUUCAUCCAUCCUAUCCAACCCGACCAGGAGAGAAGGUACACAUCGAUCUGGUGAAGAUGCCGAAAGGGGUAGGCAAUAUGAACUAUAUUGUGAACAUACGAAACGACUUCACGGGGUUCGUGGACGGUAGACCUAUCAGGAGUAAGACGGCAAAGGAAGUAAAGAACUUCGUCCUGGAGUACUUAUCUAGGUAUGGUUGUGUCAGCAAGAUAGUGAUGGACAGAGGAGCAAAAUUCAUGGCCGACGAGGUUCAGAAUGGAUUUCAAGAGAGCUGGGGCGAGAGUUUCGAUAGCCACCGCAUAUCACCCACAGUCGAACUCCCCAGUAGAGAGGGGACACCAGACUCUGAUAGCGUCACUGUCCAAGUGGUACAAGGGUAAGGACAGUGAUUGGCCACGAUAUUUUCAAUACGCAAUAUGGGCAGACAACA